GCGGAGUCUUAAUGAUGUCUCUUUCCCCAAUUCAAAGUCGAAAAAAAAAAAAAAUGAAUGACGUUUUUGUAAAGUUUCACCUUCUUUUACCAUAAAGAAAAAAUAUAUCAUGUUGAAUAUAUACACGGCAGCACUAGAAGGAAAACUAUUUAUUGUACAACAACUUUUACAAGCUGAACCUGCCAUUAUCAAUAGUCAUGAUGAAGAUGAACGAACACCACUACAUUGGGCAGCUUCUGGUGGUCACGAUGAAUUAGUCACUUUUUUGAUUGAUAAAGGUGCUGAAGUCAAUGCUAAAGAUGAUUCAGGUUGGACUCCUUUGACAAUAGCAGUAUCCAGUGGUCAUGAUAAAGUGGUUCAAAUACUUUUAGAAAAUGGAGCCAAUGUUAAUUCACAAAAUGAAAGUGGACAAACACCAUUACAUUAUGCAGCAUCAAAAAACAGACUUGAAAUUGCCAAGAUUUUAUUGAAACAUCAAGCCAAUGUGAAUCAAACCAAUGAUAUCCAACAAAUCCCAUUGUAAGUAGGAUGAGAAAUAACAAUCAUCAUAUGACUGAUCCUCAACUUAUAUGUAGACAUCGAGCAUCAGUACAAGGAUAUACACCAUUGGUCAAGUUAUUAUUAGACAACGGUAGUCGGGUAAAUCCUCCUGAUCAAGCUAGGAAUACACCAUUACAUUUGGCUUGUGAAGAAGGUCAUGGUGAUACUGCUGUAAUCUUAUUGGAAAAUGGUGCUGAUUCUGAUAGACUGAAUACUGAUGGGAAAACACCUGUUGAUCUUUGUUCUAAUGAAUUGAAAUCUUUUCUAUCUCAACAUUUAGAUUAGUAUAUAUAUAUAUAUAUAUAUAUAUAUAUUUUCC